CUCUACUGAAGAAAUUUACACACAAGGGGAGUCAAAAGAUUGUUAAAUUGAGAGUGGUAGGAAAAUUCUUGCUCCGCCACGAUCGACCUAUAAAUAUGGUCAGAGUUUCAGUGUCAGGCAUCAGUCCAUUGUCUCACGUUCAAUCUUCAAGAACUCCCCCCGAGAAACCACACCAAAUUAAUCAACAUGAAGGCCAUCCUGUGCGCUCUUGUCCUCGUUGCCGCCGUUGCUGCCACCCAGGCUUCCGUCUUGGCUCAUCCCUAUGCCUACUCUAGCGUGUGGCCAGGUGCUGCUCCCUACCACUGGACUGGUGCUCCCCUUGCCUACACUGCUCCCCUUGCCUAUGCUGCUCACACCUAUGCCGCCCCAGCUUUGAUUGCCCAUGAGGGAAGCUAUGUUGCCGCCAACCGUGGAUCCGUCCAUGUUGCUCCUCUGCCAGGACACAUCAACUCCGCUUCAUCCAUCAACUUGGCCCCUGCUCCAGGAACCUUGUAAAUACCACCAACACCUGCCCGAGGAUGUUCCAUUGUUUCCGCCAACAGUCAAGUUAUAUAAUUUAUUUGUGAACUCAGCAGAGAAAUUUAUAGAGAAAAUGUUUUGUGUGGAAUUAAAAGGAAUUUCAAAGUAAA